CGCAGCUAUAUAAGCUCAGGAGCUCCUUGAGGAGGAGACAGUCGCAGUGAGUUGAAGUCAUGACAACAACAUCCAUGUUCAGCGGGUUGGAGCCUAAUACUCGAAGCAGCUCCAGGGUCCUGAUGCCUCCAGGUGGUGGCUCAAGCUUCUCUUUUGGGGUGGGCGAGGCUCAGGCACAGCAGCCUACAAGGAAGCACAAGAUGGCUUCUGACAUAUUUGGUGUUUUAGACAAUGAACCAGCAUCCACCAAACAAGCACAGGAGACUGGUACUUCUGAUGCAUGUGAUGACUUGGAUUCAGCAGCACAGAGGACAUGUCAAUCAGAGGACUUUAGCAAUGCCAGUGGUAACAUGUCUGGGAUUUCAAAAUUACAGCAAGCAGGCAGGAGCCAUUUUGAGGACACUGUUAUUAAGGAGGAAACGGCAAUGCUAGAAACUGAAUCUGGAAAGGAACAAUCGGAAGUAGCUGGAGAACCCGCACAGCCAGCACAAGCCCCAAGCAGAAGAAACCCUCCUGGGGGAAGAUCCACUCUUGUUCUAGGUUGAAUGCCUUAUUGUGAACUGUUCUUUCCUUGGAUUUUUGUUCCCUUCAGUUUGACUCCACAUCUGGCUGCACAUAUAAGCUCCCUUGUUAUUUAAAGCACUUUGGUCCUGCCAUCUUUUCUAUGGACUGUUCUCCAUGUGUGUCUUGGGAUCUACUGGAAGACGCAUGAAUUUCUAGUAGUACUGUUUGUUUUUUUUAAUGUUUCUCAUAAUAAAGAAAUUGUCCAUG